GGAAGUAUAGCUAUACCGGCGGUGCGUGAAAUCGAAAACCAAUUGCCGACUAAUAAAAAACAUUGCAAUAUAAUUUCAAUGAAAAAAAAUUAAAAUUAAGAUAUAAAAAUAAAACUAAAAAAGAUACUAUAACUUUCACAAACGAACGAGUUUUCCAGGAAAAAUGGCGGACCGCAAAGAAAAAACUAUACUCGAUACACCCGAAGGUAUUGGCAUGUCUUUCGAACAACUCACGUUCGAUGCUGAGGGAAAUUGUUUACCACCAGCUUAUAUACCGACUAACAGCCCAAAUGAGAAAGAACAUACGGAUGAGCCCACAGCGGAAGACCCGCUUAAGCCAGAGUCAAAGCCUAAAGUACGUAGGCGCAUUUUGACCUUAGAAUUGCCGGUAUUUCUGAUAUUUCUCUCGAUCAUGCUAUCGGGUCCAGUUAUGUUGAAUCAAGAACUUUAUCAAACUUGUGUCGCCGUCUAUCACUACAAUGAGACAGAGUGUGAACCGCUGCGCGGUAUUAUACCCAAAACUGAGGAGGCAAAGGCAAUCGAAAAUCAACUUCAACCUUAUGUGGCCCGUAUAACAAUGACAACCUCUAUGCUACAUAAUGUAUGGCCGGGUAUACUAGUUCUUUUUGUGGGGCCAUGGUCGGAUAAAUUUGGUCGACGUCCAGUCUUGCUAGUGAGCUUUACGGCCGUUUUCAUUGGUCACAUAAUAACUACAAUAUUAGUAACUUUUUCCAAAGCGCUAGCAUUGAACCCUUGGUUCUACUUGUUAGGCGGCCUGCCAGCUACAAUUGUCGGUGGCAAUUGCGCUAUGACAACUAUAGUCUUCUGCUAUAUAUCUGACAUUUCUAGUAUGGAAAAUAAAGCGAAGCGUAUAUUCUUUGUAGACAUGGCUAUGGGUGUCGGUGUGGUACUCGGCAAUGUAUUGAGCAGUUAUUUGUUACGUCGCACCAGUGUCGCCAUAGUGUGUGCCACAUCGGCUACGCUUGUACUGAUAGGUUUAAUGUAUAUAUUCUUUUUCAUCGACGAAAGUUUCGAUACAGAAAAAACCACAUUAUCGCAUAAGGCGAAGAGUUUCUUCGAUUUCGGACUGAUAAAAGAUCUCGUGAAGACUUGUGUGGCAAAGCGUCCAAAUUAUGGCCGAGCCAUUAUUGGCUGUACGAUUUCCAUAUUAAUGGUAACCAGCUUUAUUAUGCACGGUGAACAGGGUGUCUUCUACUUGUUCUUACGCAACAAAUUCAAUGUGACAUUACAGCAGUUUACCUACUUUGUAGCCACUUUAAUCACAAUUAAGAUGGUCGGAUGUGGCAUAGCCUUCACCGUCUUCAGAAAGUUUUUCAAACUUCCUUAUUCCACCAUUGCUAUGAUGGGUUUAGCCGGUUGUGUGCUUGAUCAUCUUACACGUGGUUUGGCGCAAGAAUUCUGGCAAAUGUAUAUGGCUUCCUCUUUCGGUCUGAUGUCAGGCAUCACGGGCCCGAUGUUGCAAGCAAUCGUUGCACUGGCGGUGCCCUCAAAUGAACUCGGUAAAAUCUACUCACUAGUAUCGUGCGCACAGACAAUGUCACCGUUGUUGUCGGCGCCCUUGUAUACCUUCAUCUACAACCAAACAUUGAAUUUUUAUCCUGCAUUUUUCAAUUUUAUUACGACGGGGCUAUAUCUGGAGUGCUUCUGUGUUAUGAUUUUGAUAAAUUAUUACGAGCGACGAGUGGCUAAGAGAGUAAAGGCAACUGACACCGAAAAUGGAGAAAAGGUAAAAUCUGGAAACAAUCCAGCAGCCUAGUCUUAGGGCAGAGAAAAUUAGUAGCUAAGU